ACAGUUUCUGGCUCUCGUUCAGAUAUACAGUCACACAGUCGCGUAUUCGAAGGAGUAGUAAUGCUUUCACUAAAUAAAAAUCAGGCGCAGUUUUUGGUUCUUUAUUUUAUUUUCUUCAUCAUUUUUAUUUCCUCAAAGGCCCAAGCCGAAGAGAGAAAUAUUAACAAGCUGCUGAAUAACCAGGUCGUGGUCAGUCGCCAAAUAAUGUGCAUUCUUGAGAAGAGCGAAUGCGACCAAUUGGGGCAGCAACUUAAAGCUGCUCUGCCAGAAGUUAUCACCAGGAAAUGCAGAAACUGUUCGCCUCAACAAGCUCAAAAGGCGCAAAAGUUAACAACAUUUUUACAAACAAGAUACCCCGAUGUCUGGGCAAUGCUUAUAAGGAAAUAUCAAAGUGUCUAAAUAUACCACACAGGCUAUUUAUACCCAUGAAUUCAAAAAUAAAAUCUUAGUAUCGAAAAAUUGCCACAUUA